AAUUUACAGGUUGUUCUGGGAGAAGAAGUAGGGCGUGUGAGAUUGAUAACCCUCAACCGUCCUCGUCAGUUGAAUGUCAUCUCAUCCGAUGUGGUAUCCUUGCUAGCAGAAUAUCUGGAGAAAUGGGAGAAAGAUGAUGUUGCUGAGCUUAUAUUAAUUAAGGGAGCUGGCCGUGCUUUUUCUGCUGGAGGGGAUCUACGAAUGUUCUAUGAUGGCAGGAAAACAAAGGAUUCCUGCCUUGAAGUGGUUUAUAGAAUGUACUGGCUUUGCUAUCACAUUCAUACCUACAAGAAGACCUUGAUUUCGCUAGUCCAUGGAAUUUCAAUGGGAGGUGGCGCAGCGUUGAUGGUUCCAAUGAAGUUCUCAGUUGUCACAGAGAAGACUGUUUUUGCAACUCCAGAAGCAAGUAUUGGAUUUCAUACUGAUUGCAGUUUCUCAUACAUCCUUUCCCAUCUCCCUGGGCAUUUAGGGGAAUAUUUGGCACUAACUGGGGCCAGGUUGAAUGGUAAGGAAUUGAUUGCAGCAGGCCUAGCAACCCAUUUUGUCCCCUCUGAGAAAAUGCCCGAGCUAGAAAAGAGUCUCAUGAGCUUAAAUUCUCACAGUGAAAGUGCAGUCAAAUCUGCAAUCGAGGAAUCCUCCGUGGAAGUGCAGAUAGAUGAAGAAAGCAUAUUGAACAAGCAGUCAAUAAUUGAUGAGUGCUUUUCCAAGGACAGUGUUACUGACAUUUUACAAUCAUUUGAAGCUGAAGCAAGGAAAGAAGGAAAUGGAUGGAUAGGUCCGGUGCUAAAGGGGCUGAAAAGAUCAUCCCCAACAGGAUUGAAAACAACACUAAGAUCGAUUCGCGAAGGUAGGAAGCAAACACUGUCUGAAUGUCUGAAGAAGGAAUUUAGGCUCACAAUGAACAUACUAAGAAUGGCAAUAUCUCCAGAUGUCUAUGAGGGUAUUAGAGCUCUAACCAUUGACAAGGACAAUUCUCCGAAGUGGGAUCCACCAACUCUGGACAGUGUAGAGGAUGAGAAAGUAAACUUGGUAUUUCAGCCCUUUGAGGAGGCUUUGGAGCUUCAAGUUCCAGAUAAAGAAGAAUGCAGGUGGGAUGGUAAAUAUGAGACUAGCGCUUAUGCAACAUCAGCAAUGAAAGAUUAGCAAACUCUUAACUUCUUAUCUACUACUGCCCGAUCAUCUUAUAUUGUAAGCAUGAAGUGCCAUACAAUUCGUUUUGGUAUGGCUUGUGGGAGCAGAUUUUAGUUGAUCGGUUAUGGUCUGUUUUUCUAGUGAAUGUUUAUAUCCAUAUAAUAAAAUCAUAGAUGCGCAUGGUUCACAAGCUUCAUAUCUCCCAACCGUGAGAUAUGAACUGCAUCAUCAUUAAAAAGUCACGUUAAA